AUAUAAUUAAUUGUUAUUAAUCUAUUAAUUUAUGCUUGAGCUCCACUCCGGCGAGAUAGAGGAAGCCUGCCGCCCUGCAAAUUCUGAAAGCCGACACACUCUGGAGUCGAGACGAUCCAUGUUGAAAACUUCUCGCUUAAUCCUGGCUGUCGAAUGAAAACGCAUUUCUGAUGAUUUCUACUUUGUCAAGCUCAGACCCAGCCUUCGUCAUCGCAGCUCCCCGGGGAGCUCGCAGGCAGUAAAAGAAAGAAGGGAAAGAGAUAAUAACACCAUGAUUGAACUUGGGGAGGAGAUAGAAGGAGACCGGCUAGAGACGAACGACUACUUCUUUGAUAGGAUUGGUGAAGCCGUACCUGUCAAGCCUACAGAUUCCAACUUUAACCUCGAAAGUCUUCCUUCCCAGCCAUUGGCCGUCUCCGAACGCUUGCAACUCAUAUUUGUUGCGCAUUCUGAGGGGUUUUGUGUUGCGAGGACUAAGGAUGUUAUUGAGUCCGCCAAGGAGAUCAAAGGAAAAGGAAGCGGUUCAUCUAUCGAAGAGUUGAGUAUUGUCAACGUUCCCCUUCACAGAGUUCACAUUUUAACAUUGUCUGCAGACUCUUCCACCCUUGCGGCUUCUGUUGCUGGGGAUAUACAUUUCUUCUCGGUUAAUUCUCUUCUCAAAAAGGAGCAAAAACCGUAUUUCUCUUGUUCACUAAGUCAAACAAGCUCCGUUAAGGACCUGAGGUGGAACAAAAAAUUGGAAAAUUCUUACAUUGUUCUUUCAAAGCAUGGGGAGCUAUACUGUGGAGCUGUUGAAGACACAAUUAAAAAUGUGAUGGAUAAUGUUGAUGCCAUUGAAUGGAGUGUAAAGGGCCACUCUGUAGCUGUCGCAAGAAAGAAUGUUCUUAGCAUCCUAUCAUCAAAAUUCAAGGAAAGGUUGUCCAUGUCACUAUCAUUCAAGUCAUGGAUUGGCAAUUCUGAUGUAGACUGCCUGUUAAAAGUGGACUCAAUCAGGUGGGUUCGGAAUGACUCCAUUAUUUUAGGAUGCUUCCAACAAUCAGCAGAUGGCAAGGAGGAAAAUUAUCUUGUCCAAGUGAUCAAAAGCAAAAGUGGCAAAAUUACCAAUGCAUCAUCAGAGCGAAUUGUGCUAUCCUUCUGUGAAUUAUUCUCGGGUUUAAUUGAUGACAUUUUGCCUUAUGGGAGUGGACCGAAUCUUUUAUUGAGCUACUUGGAGCAGUGUGAGCUUGCAAUUACAGCUAACAGAAAGAACACAGAUCAACAUAUUGUAUUGAUUGGUUCGUCAGCAUCUGACGAUAGUGAAGCUGCAGUCAUUGAUAUCGGGCGAGAUAAUUUGCUUCCGAGGAUUGAGCUUCAAGAGAAUGGAGAUGAUAAUCUAAUAUUGGGUCUUUGCAUUGACAAAGCUUCCCUCUAUGAUAAAGUUGAGGUCCAGCUUGAGGGUGAGGAACACAGAAAACUUUCACCUUAUUGUGUUCUUCUAUGUCUGACUCUUGAGGGGAAGCUUCUUAUGUUUCAUGUUGCCAGUGUCAACGAAACUCCUUUUGCACCUCAGGACACGUCUGCGCUUUCUGAUGAGGAGGAUACCCCUGCAGCACUACCUUCAGAAUAUGGUAUGCCCAAACUAUCUGCUGUAUCAGGAGAUCAAAGAGUAGACAAGACAGUUUUGGGUUUCCAGCUACAGGAAGAUAGCAAAAAUGAGGGCACAAGGAAAGGAGGUGGUGAGAUUUCUCUGGGAAAAAAUGACCUAAAGCCUUCUGCAGUGAACAGGCCCACAAUUCCCAUGCCUCCAGCUGAGGAGGAUACUCCUGCAGCACUACCUUCAGAUUAUGGUAUGCCCAAACUGUCUUCUUUAUCAGGGGAUCAAAGAGCAGACCAGAUAGUUUUUGGUUUCCAGCCACGGGAAGAGAACAAAAAUGAGAGCACAUGGAAAGGAGGUGGUGAGAUUUCUCUGGGGAAAAAUGAUUUAAAGCCUUCUGCAGUGAACAGGCCCACAAUUCCCAUGCCUUUAGCUGAUCAGAUAACCCAUAAUGAAACUGUUAGUGGCAACCAGGAAAUGAAACCUCUUGUAAGUUCACAGGCAAUUGGAGUUGAUGGGCAACAAAAGGUUACUUCUGUAAAAUCUGACCAAGAUAUAGAUAAACAAAUCUCAUGGAUUCCUGGGUAUGGAAGUACAAUUUCAGAGCAGUCAUCUUUGAAAACUUCUCUCCUGGAUCGAACCAGUAAUGUGGUUGGAGAUCUCAGCAAGACUGUAAUUCAAAAGCCUGUCGGAGUUGAAUCUUGCAGUAGUUCUUUCAAAGGAGAAUUUCAACCUGAUGUGUCUGGCCAAUCAAAUUAUAAAGAGUUACAAAAAAGUGUUGAGGUGGGUAAGGAGUUAUCAGGAAGGACAGGGUCAAUUAGUUCACAGAGUAAUUCAUCCCAAUCUUGGUCAAGUGGAAAACUCGUAUUAGCUAAAGAGUCUAAUGUAAGAUCUUCACUUUCACUUUCUAAUCAAAGAAACAGGCCAGAAAAUGCUGCUGUUUCUGUAAGUUCUGGGCAUGCUCCUGGGAAUCUUGUUAAAUUCGCUUUGAAUCCGAAGGACAACACUGGCCAUUCAACUCUAGUCAGAUCUGGAAAAAGUGUGGGACAAGGCACUUCAGUGGGCCCUAUGAAUAUUGAACAGUUACCUUCCAUUAGUAGCUUGCAAUUGCCAUCACAAGAAAGUUCUGUGCUAGGGAAGUCUCCUAACUACAGAUUUCAUCCUGCCAAGGAAACUUUGAGAAAUCCCCAGUUGCGGCUGCAGAAUUCUGAACCAAACUUAUCAAAACAAUUUGGCAAUGUCAAAGAAAUGACCAAAGAACUGGAUACACUUCUGGAAUGUAUACAAGAACCAGGUGGCUUCAAGGAUGCCUGCACUGUUGUCCAGAAAAGUUCGGUUGAAGCUUUAGAGCAGGGCAUAGGGUCUCUUUCUGAAAAAUGCAGAAUGUGGAGGAGCAUAAUGGAUGGGCAGCUUAGUGAGGUCCAGCAUCUUUUCAAUAUGACUCUGCAAGUUUUGGCUAGAAAAAUAUACAUGGAAGGCAUAGUUAAGCAAGCUACUGAUAUUCGAUACUGGGACCUUUGGAAUCACCAAAAAUUGAAUUCUGAACUUGAGCUGAAGCGGCGACAUAUAUUAGAAGUAAAUCAGGAAUUGACUAAUCAACUGAUUGAAUUGGAAAGACAUUUUAAUACUCUUGAGCUCAAUAAAUUUGGUGUAAAUGGUGGAGCUAAUGUUGGUCGGAGAGCUUUCCAAAGUAAAUUUGGGCCCCCAAGACACAUGCAGUCCUUGCAUAGUUUACAUAACACCAUGAAUUCACAGCUAGCAGCGGCGGAGCAACUUUCUGACUGUCUAUCAAAACAGAUGGCUGUGUUGAGUAUAGAGUCACCUGUCAAACAACUGAAAGUUAGAAAAGAGUUGUUCGAGACAAUUGGUAUCCCCUAUGAUGGUGCCUCUUUUGGCUCUCCUGAAAUGACAAAAGCUGGUGAUGCCCUGUCAAUUACAAAAAUCCCACUUUCUUCAGGUUCUGCUAUUAAGGAUCAGUCUAGGGGAAACCAAUCGAGUGCUAUGGGGAGUUAUGAACCAGACAGUGCAAGGAGAAGGAGAGACUCACUGGACCGGAGUUGGGCUAGCUUUGAGCCUCCAAAAACAACUGUGAAAAGGAUGCUUUUGCAAGGUGAGGAGGGCAGAUCCAAAUCAUCAUUGUCAAUGGAUAAACAUCAUUUUAGCCCUCAUACGCAGGAUGGAUCAGCAUCUACUCACCAAAAAGAUUGUGGAACACGUUCAACCUUCCUGUACCCACCCAGAACCUUGGGAAGUCUGGAUGCAAGCUCAGCACCGGAACUCGAGAGCUCAUCUUCUUCAUUCAGUUGGGCUAAAGAUCUUCCUGGACCAAUACAAGCUAUAGGUUGUAAUUCCACAACACUGCAAAGAUUACCAAGAAAUAAUCUUUCAGCUGUCAAUCCAGCAUUGGCAACCCAUUCAUAUAUUGUGGGUCAAAAUAGUCCAAAGGGCACUCAUGCUUUGACUGCUGGAAAAUUAAGUGGUGGGUUGGCCAACUUUGAUUCAGUUUCACUCAACGAGACAAAGUAUACACUGCAGACUGAAAAUCACCUAAAUCAAACACAAUCUAUCUUUGCAAAGCCGCCUGCACAAGUACCCUCAUUGUCCCAGACUCUGUCAGUACCAAAAGAUUCUAGUGAAAUAUCCACCUCGAGUAGAAAAGAAACUGCACUUGCAAAACCAGCAGUUGGAAGUUUGAAGCAUUCACCUGUAACUACUGAACACUCAUCUUAUGAAUCUCAGAAAGGUACCGAUUCUCCAUUUGAUCCUACAUCUUCUGUUCCUGCAAUGCCUGUCAUGUCUGGCAGAAUUUUCCGGUUAGAUUCUGAAACAAGGAAAAAUGAGCUAGGUGUAAAGGUAUCUCCUCCUCCUACAUUCCAAAUAUCACUAACAGCUCCAUCAAUGUCUCUGAGCGCUCCCCCAUCUUCAACUAUUUCAUCAACUGCACCAAAUUCGUCACCUGCUACGUCAUCAGGCAGAUCUUUAAUCAGUUCUCAAGGCACUGAAGAUGCUAUCCCAAUAGUUUCUACACCAUCUUCAUCAUUAGUUUCUUCCUCCAUAAUCCAUUCCUCUAGUUCCUUGUCUUCUAAAGCUCGUGAGAAAAAAGUACCCCUACCUGUUUUCUCUCCUGUUAAUUCAACAUCAGAGUCAUCAAAAACUGAGUUUCGCCAUCCUAUGGACAAAUUUGGUUUGAAAAUUGAUGUGAAUUCCACUGUACAAGCUCAUGGAAGCCAAUCCAAAAUUGACAAUACAGCAAGUCAUGCUUCUAACCUGGCAUUUAAUGCUCAGCCAGAACAGCCACUGGGUACACAAACACUGUUCCCAGCAUCUGAGUCUAGUGGGAGUGCUGCUGGCAGAAAGAGUGAUAAUUUGGAUGUUGCAAUUCCCCAGGAGGACGAGAUGGAGGAGGAAGCUCCUGAGACUAGUCAAUUACCUGAAUUUAGUUUGGGAAGCCUUAGUGGGUUUGGGAUUGGAUCAGUCCCAAACACAAUUAGUGCUAAACCGAAUCCAUUUGGUACAUUUUCUAGUGCAGCAAAUCCUGCAAGCUCUCCUUUUUCUAUGGCAGUUCCAAGCGGGGAGCUGUUUCGGCCUCCUUCCUUUAGCAUUCAGUCCCCACAAAUUUCUCAGCCAUCUCCACCAACAAAUUUAGGUGCAUUAUCCGGAGGUUUUACUGUGAGCACAGCUCAAGCUCCCACUGAAAGUGCAUUUGGUCAGCCAGCACAGAUUGGACCAGGACAGCAAGCGCUGGGGUCAGUUCUUGGAGCUUUUGGCCAGUCAAGACAGCUCGGUGCUGGUCUAUCUGGAGGUGGUUUUGCUUCUGCAAGUGGUUUUGGGGGUGGUUUUUCUGGUACUCCUUCCAGUGGUGGUUUUCUUAAUGCUGCCGGUGGAGGUGGGUUUGCAGGUGUUGCUUCUUCUGGUGGAUUUGCUGGUUUAGCUUCUAGCAGUGGUGGAUUUGCGGGUGUGGCUUCGCCUAGUGGUCGAUUUGCUGGUGCAGCUUCUGCAAGUGGUGGCUUUGCUGGUGCAGCUUCCACAGGUGGAGGGUUUGGUGGUGUGGCCUCAGCUAGCAGUGGAUUUGCUGGUGCAGCUUCAACGGGUGGUGCGUUCGGUGGUGUGGCCUCAGCUGUUGGUGGAUUUUCUGGUGCAGCUUCCACAGGUGGCGGGUUUGGUGGUUUAGCCUCAGCUGGUGGUGGUUUUGCAGGAGUGGCUUCUGGUGGUGGUUUGCCUGUAGCAGGUGGUGGAUUUUCAGCUUUCAGCAGUCAAGGAUUUGGUGCUUUCUCUGCAUUCGGUAGUGGUGCUGGAGGUACAGCAAAACCUCCCUCUGAACUCUUCACACAGAUUAGGAAAUAGUUGUCCCAGGUUAUGAAAAGGAGCUCUAUCGAUAAUUGUUUUGAAUCCCUAUGGAGGUGAUGCGAGAGGGCCACAUAAGGUGGUAAUGGAAAGACUCGUUUCAUCAUUUUAGGCCCUUGGCUAUGUUGUAUAUACUUAUCGUGUCUCCUGUCAUUUUCCCAGUCAAGUGAAAUAAUGUAAACUGCUUUCGAUUGUGUUUUGAAGUUGUAGGCCAUGGCAAAUGUUAUUGCCACAGCAGCCUUGGCUAUUUUCCACUUUUUUUUUUAAGCUGCCAAUGGCUGUUAUGAGCUAGUGUAGUUCGUAGCUCGUGUUUUUGUAUGUCUGGGGAAGAGGAAAGGAACAACAUACAUAUCAUGGAAAUGAAAUUUAUCACAGUAGCCGAUUAGUGGGGAAAAUGAAACGAGAUUUUAUUUAUUGUGAGAUGUAAAAAUUACAUAUUUAUUCAUUGCUUUCUUUAC